UCGCGGUCAAAGCGGAAGUGGAAGCUCAAGGAAACCGCAGCAGCCGUAGCGGAGGAUAAGGAUGUGAAAGCAGGGAAAAUAACGUUCGUUCUCAGGGUUUUUAAAACACAGAAACGCAGUUAGAGUGAGGACGAGAACCUCCGCGAAGAGAAAAACAUGAUUUUAACUCUGUACGCCACGUUUUUAUGCGUCGUUUCUUGUGUGGGAGCAGCGGCGGGAGGAGGCGACGAUGACUGGGUUCAUCUGCCGAACAAAUGUGAAGUCUGUAAGUUUGUCAGUAUUGAGAUGAAGUCUGCGUUUGAUGAGACGGGAAAAACCAAAGAGGUCAUCGACAGGAACUAUCGCUUUAUUGACAGCAAGGGGGCGCCACCCAUCAAAUAUGUCAAGUCAGACCUCAGGUUCAUCGAGGUGGUGGAGAACGUGUGUCAGAGGCUGCUGGAGUACAAUCUGCACAAGGAGAGGAGCGGCAGCAACCGCUUCGCCAAGGGAAUGUCGGAGACCUUCUCCACUCUUCACGGUCUGGUGAAUAAAGGCGUGAACGUGGUGAUGGACAUUCCCUACGAGCUGUGGAACGAGACGUCGGCCGAGGUCGCCGACCUCAAGAAACAGUGUGAUGUGUUGGUGGAGCAGUAUGAGGACGUGAUUGAGGACUGGUACAAAGGAAACCAAGAGGAAGACCUGACCACGUACCUGUGUGAGAAACAUGUUCUUAAAGGAAAAGAUGCAGACUGUCUGAAAGAGGACUUGUCACACAGGAAGAAGGGAGACCACGCCGCCAUCGCGGAGGACAAGAAGAAGAAGAAGAAGACGACAAAGAAAGGAGGGAAGAAAGAAAAGAACGACGGAGACGACGGCUCAGAGGACGAGAAAAAGAAGAAGAAGGAGAAGAAGAAGAAGAAGAAGAAGAGCAAAGCUCCGGUGGAGGCGGAGGACGGAGCAGUGUUUUCUGACGAGCAGAUCCAGCCUCAGGUUCCUCUGUCUGGACACAAGACGGAGCUGUGACGUCCCGGAUCAGCUGAUCUGAGACUCUGAGACACUGAGUCCUGUUGCACUGUUCCAUCGUUCACUCUUUCAUUCCCACACAAUUGUCCUUUUAAUUUCUCACGUUCUGUCAUUGUUACGUCUGUAAACCUGUAAAACUCGGUGGAACUGUUGAGAACUUUUAUCUCCCUUUAAAUGAACGGUUUGAAGAAGGAG